AUGCCGAAGCCGCUAAAAAACACCAGCAGCUGCCCCGCUGUCCCCGAAGGCGAGCGUGGCCCCGGGUGUGGUGGCAGCCAUCACUUCAAGGAGAUCAAGAUGAGCAGUGAUGCAGCAGACUCCACAGACGCUCGGCAUGAACCCGACCAGGUGGAACCAGGAAGUGAGCAGAAUGGGCUGGAAUUUAGCAGGCAGAUUAAAACCGAAGACCUCAGCGACUCCUUGCAAUCUACAAUUCCCCCCAGAUCUGGUCACCUUGUACAGGGAUCAUCAAUGAUGCCUGGAAGCCAAAUAGCAGGGGAUAUGAGCUCUCUUCACACCCUGCAGCAGCUUGUAUUGCUUCCUGGUCAUAUGCAGUCAGUUCCCCAGUUUCUUCUCUCUCAGUCCCAGGCAGGGCAACAAGCUUUGCAGCCAAACAUCCUUUCCUUCCCUCAGCAACAGGGCAGCCUGCUCCUCUCCCAGCCGGGACCCAGCUUAGCAUCACAGGCUGUGGGCCGUUCAGGACUCCCCGGCUCAUCAGUCGAACCCCACUUGGACGUACCCCAGCACUUGCAAGUGGGAAAGCACCUAACUCCUUCAGGAGCUUCAGAGGAACCCAGUGACCUGGAGGAGCUGGAAAAGUUUGCUAAGACUUUCAAACAAAGGCGAAUCAAAUUAGGGUUUACACAGGGCGACGUCGGGCUUGCCAUGGGGAAGCUCUAUGGCAAUGAUUUCAGCCAGACCACCAUUUCCCGCUUUGAGGCCCUCAACCUCAGCUUUAAGAAUAUGUGCAAGCUCAAACCACUGCUGGAGAAGUGGCUGAGUGAUGCAGAAUCUGCUCCUUUGGAUUCUUCCAUGAGCACUCCCAACUCCUACCCCUCAGUUAAUGAGAUGUUUGGACGGAAAAGAAAGAAGCGAACCAGCAUUGAGACCAACAUUCGUUCCACGCUGGAGAAAAGAUUUCAAGAUAACCCCAAGCCCAGUUCAGAGGAGAUCUCAUUAAUAGCAGAGCAGCUCUCCAUGGAAAAGGAGGUGGUUCGGGUCUGGUUCUGCAAUCGGCGCCAGAAGGAAAAGCGGAUCAGCUGCCCGAUGCCAUCCCCCAUUAAAUCACCCAUCUACAAUUCCAGACUGGUCUCUACCUCAGGGUCCUUGGGGCCCCUCUCCGUCAAUCCAGUGCAUAGCACCAUGCCUGGGACUGUAACAUCCUCGUGUUCCCCUGGGAACUCCAGCAGGCCCUCGUCCCCCGGCAGUGUGCUCCACGCCAGCAGCCCCAGCACAGCCCAGAGCAACUCCAAAGCUGCAAUGAACUCAUCCGGUUUCAACUCUUCAGGAUCUUGGUACCGAUGGAAUCAACCUACCUACCUCCACUGA